AUGGAGAGUCCUGCGCAUGCGACAUCCUCGGUCGAGGAUGUCAGUUCUAACGCCUCCGCCGCGGAAAUUUCCACCACCACCACCAAACUAGCCCAAACAUUCAAAGAACUGGGCGUGAUCGAUUCACUAUGUGAAGCGUGCGACUCCCUCGGUUACAAAACCCCGACACCCAUCCAAGCGUCUUGUAUUCCCGUCGCUUUAGAAGGAAGAGAUAUUAUUGGCCUGGCAGAAACUGGAAGUGGAAAGACUGCUGCAUUCACCAUUCCCCUACUUCAAGGACUCAUGGAAAGUCCCCAGCCAUACCAUUCGCUUAUCAUUGCGCCCACUCGUGAACUUGCCCAGCAGAUCGCCCAGACCGUUGAAGCCCUGGGGGCUUUCAUCUCCGUACGAUGCACAUUGUUGAUUGGUGGAAUGGACAUGGUUCCCCAGGCCAUCUCUUUGGGGAAGAAGCCUCACGUCAUUGUCGCAACCCCAGGACGUCUCCUUGAUCAUCUCGAAAAUACCAAAGGAUUCUCUCUGAGGAACCUGAAAUAUCUCGUGCUUGACGAGGCCGAUCGACUGCUUGACCUGGACUUUGGCCCCAUUUUGGACAAGCUUCUCCGGCUUCUCCCAAGUCGCAAAACCUAUCUUUUCUCAGCCACCAUCUCCAGCAAAGUCGAGUCUCUUCAACGGGCGUCAUUAUCAAACCCGGCCAAAAUCUCAGUCUCAUCCAAGAACCAGACCGCCACAAACCUCCUACAGUCCUUUUUGUUUAUCCCGCAUAAGUUGAAAGAUAUCUAUCUUGUUCACUUGUUGAAUGAGCGCACUGGUCAAAUGGGUAUCCUUUUCACUCGUACGAUCAUGGAAACCCAGCGUUUGGCCCUCCUGCUGCGAAGCCUGGGCUUCCCUGCCAUCCCAAUCCAUGGACAACUCUCUCAGAGCGCCCGUCUCGGAUCUUUGAACAAAUUCCGCUCCAAGUCUCGCACCCUUCUCAUUGCCACCGAUGUCGCGGCUCGUGGAUUGGAUAUCCCGGCUGUCGAUUUCGUUGUCAAUUGCGAUCUUCCCCAAGACAGCAAGACGUACAUUCACCGCGUGGGUCGAACUGCGCGUGCUGGAAAGAGUGGAAGGGCUUUCUCUAUCGUCACCCAAUACGAUGUGGAGAUCUGGUUGCGGAUCGAAAACGCUCUUGGAAAGAAAGUGGACGAAUACAAACCGGAGAAGGAUGAGGUGAUGGUAUUCGCAAACCGAGUGCAUGAGGCUCAAAGGAUAGCUAUCGCUACACUGAAAGAACAGACUCAGGAUGGCAGGGGCGCCAGGGGUGGCGGCCGACACAAGAAGCGCGGCAGAGAUGAAAUGGACCAGGAGGAGGCUUAA